GACCACCAUCUCGUUCUUUGCACACGAUCAUGUCCAACCAGCUGCCUCAGGUUGAGUACCGCCGUCUUGGCAACUCCGGCCUUCGGGUUUCUGUCCCCAUUUUGGGAGCGAUGAGCUUCGGUAGCGACAAGUGGGCGCCGUGGGUCAUCAAUGAGGAUAAGGCUCUUCCUCUCCUCAAGGCUGCUUGGGACCGGGGAAUCACUACCUGGGACACGGCAAAUGUGUACUCUAAUGGCGAGUCGGAGCGUAUCAUCGCGAAGGCUAUCAAGAAGUACAACAUCCCCCGCUCCAAGCUCAUUAUCCUGACAAAGGCCAAUGGGUUGGUUCAUGAAGAUCCUGGUGUUCGCACGAUGAUGUUCCCCAAGCUGAGGGACACGCGCGAUUAUCUCAACAUGUCCGGUCUCUCCCGACAGGCCCUCUUCCAACAGGUCGAGGCUUCUCUCGAGCGGUUGGAAGUGGAUUACAUCGACCUCCUCCAGAUCCACCGAUGCGACAUGAACACUCCGUUCGAGGAGACGAUGUGUGCGCUGAACGACCUUGUCCGCUCCGGGAAGGUGCGGUACAUCGGGGCAUCCUCGAUGUGGGCAUGGCAGUUUGCCGAAUACCAACACGCGGCCGAGAAGAACGGAUGGACCAAGUUCAUCAGUAUGCAAAACCACUACUCGUUGCUGUACCGUGAGGAGGAACGGGAGAUGAACAAGUACUGCAACCAUACCGGCGUUGGCCUGAUCCCGUGGAGCCCGCUUGCUGCUGGCCAGCUGGCUCGUCCGCUCGGGGAGACUUCUGUGCGCGAAGACACCGCGAAGGGCACGCCGUUCGAGAUGAAGAAGAGCGAUGCAGACAAGGAAAUCGUCAACCGUGUCGAAAAGCUCGCGAAGCAGAAGGGCUGGGCAAUGGGCCAGGUCGCUCAGGCUUGGAUUAACACCAAGGUAUCUAGCCCUAUCAUCGGCUUCUCCUCGGCGGCUAGGAUGGAGGAAGCGAUCAUCCCGGACAAGAAGCUGACGGAGGAGGAAAUCAAGUAUCUGGAGGAGCCUUACGCGCCCAAGCCGAUCCAGGGUCAUAUGUGAGCGCCUGCCUGUCAUGUACUGGUGUGCUGUGUUUGUAGCAGAUAAAAUCAAUAAAUCGCACCCGUUGUUGUUGUUGAGCUAUACAUACGAGGGCUGCCAUGCAUCUUGCCCUGGAUCGAUUACGU